AGUUCGUGAGGUUUGAGAUAUCUUCGUUUUUGUGCUCCAGUACUUGUCUAUUCCAUUGGACCGAUGACAAGAUCAAAGAGCAAAUCCUAACCAUUAGACUUUUAAUCAUUUUCUUCUAAGAGGAAGAUGAUCUGACCCAUGGGAAAGAUAAGGACCGAUCACUUGGUUUAUUCUCUAGGUUUAACCAAGUUUAGGGUCUUAAACUAAAUCAUUUAUUUUUCUUUAUAUACUUAUGGCGUAAUCCUGUUGCAAAGUACUACUAAAUUAACUUUUGCAAAACAAGUCUCAUUGAACAUCUAUCUCUUUUGUUCAUUUUUGAGAAGCCGAAGAUUACUCUUCCCAUCAUGUGAAUCCAUUCAACAUCAUCAAACAAGGUUACACACGUACACAGGGCCGGGCUUGUACGCAAUCUCGCGAAACAUCCGUAUGGGGCCCCCACCUCAUGGGGCCCCCACUUCCAAUUUUUUCCUUUGUAUGUAAUGUUAAUAUAUGAAUCUUAGGUGCAAAGUCAAAUUAAAAAGUAAAAUUUUGGUUUCUAGUGACAGAAUAAAAUACAUGUCACGAACAUUAUUAGCACGUAAGUCUGAAGAUAUCUCUAUUUUUUUUAUUUAAAGAAUUGUAAAUAUUAUAAUAAAUUUAAAUAAGUAAAAAGCAUCAUAUUUUAACUCAGCAAAGGAAACUUACGAGCUACUAGACAGUCUUUUCAGCUUCUUCCCUUCUCUGUAAGAAAACCAAAGAUUUUGUCUUUUGAUUCUUAGGUAAAAUCAAAUUUUAUUUUCGUUUAACAAAUCUUAUAUUGUUUAUUCAUCUCUAAUUCAAUUGAUUUACUCGUUUUGGUUUGAAGGUUUUUAAUAGUCAAUUUUUUAUAAUGUCAAAACUGAAUUACAAUCUUUAAAUUUUCUAUCUUCAUCCUGCAGAAAAAAAUGAGUGCAUCAAGAAUAUACCUUUCUGGAGCUAAAAAAAGAGCAAAGAAAAGAAGAGUAGAAGAACUAGUGAAGUCUCAGUCAGGUUCUCUGUUAAAGUAUUUUAAGAAACCAGCAUUGCUUGGAACUGAUGAGGACCAUGAGGUUGAUGGAACUAGUGAGGAUAGUAGUGAAACUGGUGAGGUUGAUGGAUCUGAACCAGAUGAUGAGGUUGAUGGGGUUAGAACUGGAUAUGGAAACCAUGAUCAAGAAGAGAAUAGGGAUAGAGCUGAGAUAGAUGAUGAAGAUGUCAACUCAAAUGCAGCGGACGAGCAUUUUAAAGAAGAUGAUUCAGCCUUUGAUCUUAUGGAUCCUGGAAAUUGGAGAAAAAUUGACCAGAAGUUAAGAGAUUAUUUGGUUGAGAAAGGUCCUCUCCCACCACCAUCUGAAGAUUAUAUUUUCCCCAAAAAUGAAAGUGGUAGACACUUUUCACAUAGAAAUUACAAAAGGAUCAUGAAGAAUGGAGAUAUGCAGCACCGGCGUUGGUUAGUUUAUUCAACAACAUUCGACAAGAUCUAUUGUUUUUGUUGCAAGUUGUUCACCCGUUACAAGGAAACUACUCAACUAGCAGGCAUUGGAUUUCUGGAUUGGAAUAAUACUGGAAUAAGGCUGAGCCAACAUGAAACCAGUCAUGAUCACAUUAUGUGUAUGAGCCAGUGGAUGGAACUAGAGAUGAGGCUGCAAAAGAAUCAGACAAUUGAUAAGUGUGUCCAAGAGGAAAUCGAAAAAGAGAAGAAUCAUUGGAGGGAGCUUUUACUGAGAUUAUUUUCAGUGGUGGAGUAUUUGGCUAAGAGUAAUAUAGCAUUUCGGGGAUCUAAUGACAAAAUUGGCCAAGAGAACAAUGAAAAUUUUCUGGGGAAUAUUGAGAUGAUUGGUAAAUUUGAUCCUGUAAUGAGGGAGCACAUCAGGCGAAUCACCAAAGGAGAAACCCGAUACCAUUAUCUCAGCUACAAAAUUCAGAAUGAGUUGAUUGGAAUGUUGAGUUCUGAAAUCAAGUUAAUAAUCAUUAAGAAGAUUAAAGAGGCAAAAUUCUUCUCGGUUAUUCUUGAUUGUACUCCAGAUAUCAGCCACAAAGAACAAAUGUCUCUCAUUAUUCGAUGUGUGGAUAUAUCAGUGAGUCCAGUUCAGAUUGAAGAAUUUUUUCUUACCUUUCUCGAAGUUGAAGAUAAAUCAGGAAAAGGGCUUUUUGAGCUAUUAUGUGAUACACUGGUUGGUUUGAAGCUGGAUAUUAAUGAUGUCAGGGGACAAGGUUAUGACAAUGGAUCCAACAUGAAAGGAAAAAACAAAGGAGUGCAGAAGAGAUUGUUGGAUAUCAAUCCGAGGGCAUUUUAUACACCAUAUGGUUGUCAUAAUCUGAACUUGGCUAUUUGUGAUAUUGCUAAAUCUUCUGAUAAAGCGAUGUCUUUCUUUGGGAUUAUCCAGCGUUUAUAUAAUUUUUUCCACCCUUCUACGACUAGGUGGGAGAUGUACAGAAAAAUGGUGGGAGGUUUCACGCUUAAACCGCUAUCAGAUAGGCGAUGGGAAAGUCACCUCGAAAGCGUUAAGGCUAUACGUUUUAAAGCUCCAGAAAUCAGAGAUGUCUUACUUUACUUUGCAGAAAACAGUGAGGAUCUAGGAGCACGGAGUGAUGCUGAAUGUCUUGCGAUAAGUGAAACACAUGGAAUUGGAGGGUUUGAGUUCUUGUUUGGUCUGGUUAUAUGGUAUGAUGUUCUGUUUGCUGUUAAUACUGUGAGCAAGACGCUACAGUCUGAAGAUAUUGAUAUCGAUGAUGCCAUUGCUCAGCUAAAGGGGUUAGUUUCUUUUUUCCAAAAGUAUAGAGAAAUGGGAUUUCAAGAAGCAAAAGCUGAAGCUUCAAAAAUUGCCAUUGCUAUGGAUAUUGAACCCAUGUUUAACAAGAGGAACAAGCGCCUUAUUAAAAGGAAAACUCAUUUUGAUGAAGAGCGAGACAAAGGUGAUGAUGUUUGUCAGGUUCUAAGUGUGGAGGAUGAUUUCAGAAUCAAUUAUUUUUUCAAAAUGAUGGACCAAGCUAUUGUUUCUUUCCAAACAAGGUUAGAACAAUUUAAAGAGUAUGAAAAUAUUUUUGGGUUUUUGUUCAGUCUACGAAAGCUCAACUCAACAAGCGAUGAUAUUUUAAAGAGUAAAUGUUCUAACCUUGAAGCUUUUCUUAAGCAUGGAGCAGAUUCUGAUAUUGAUGGGAAUGAUUUGUUCAUGGAAAUCAAAAUUUUCAGAGAAGUUUUGCCAAAGACUUUCAAGAAGAAUGUAGAAGUGCUGGAUUAUUUGAAGAGAAUGAAGGAUAGCUAUCCGAGUAUAUGGAUUGCUUACAGGAUAAUGCUCACCAUUCCUGUUUCAGUUGCUUCAGCUGAAAGAAGUUUUUCUAAGUUGAAGUUGAUAAAGUCUUAUCUACGAUCUACUAUGUCACAGGAAAGGUUAAACGGAUUGGCUAUGUUAUCGAUUGAGAAAGCUUUAAUUCAAAAUCUCAAUUAUGAAAGUUUGAUGAAUGAUUUUGCUGAAAAAACUGCAAGAAGAGUUAUUUUUCAAAAUCGGUAGAACUGUUGUUGUGUGUUUUUAGAACUAUUGUACUGUAUUUUGAAGAUUAAUUAUGUUUAGACUGUUCUUUUUUUCUUCUUGUUCUAUAAUUUUUUCGAUGCUGUUUUUUAUUAUCAAAACUACGAUAAGUUCAUCUAUAUUUUGAAUAGGGCCCCGAAAAACUCAGGUCCGGCUCUGCACGUACAACACAAAUCAUCGACUAAUCAUUCACCCACGAGUAUACUACUCGGAGUUCAAUCGCCUACCUUUAACUGAUCCAAGACAUUUACACCUAUCCAAAGCCGUGCCAACGUUAACAGCUGCCCCAAGCGAAAAACAAAAUCAAAUGAAAAAUAUCUAUAAUAAUAUGAAAACUAUUGUAGUUUAGUGUGCAAAAAUUUUUUUUAUUUAUACAACUUUUAAAUAAUUAACAAGCGUUUUCAUAUUUUAUUUAGUUUUUUUUAAAUCUAUGUUUUUGUUGUAGUCUCAUCUUUUGUUUAACUCGUGAAGCUAUUAACAAAGCUACAUGUUUAUAUAGAAUUUCAUUACAUGAAACAAAUUAUAAGGAAUGCCUUUAGUGUCUUAUAUAUUUUUAAAAGAUGCCCUAGGCCAAUGCUUCUUAUUUUCUCAUGUAAGCACGGCACUGCACCUAUCCAAAGACAUCAUUCUGUUUUUGGUGUUUUCAUAUUUUGACGUAAAUGAGUUUUUAAGGCUCUGUCUACGUAUUACGUAUAUGCCAUGUUUUAGUUGUCUUUUUCUCUUUGGGAUGAACAUUUGGUUUUAUAAAUGCAAUGCAAUGCAAUUUUGCAGGUUUAAUUAGUAUAACCACUGCAAAUAAAAGCAUGUUACAUUUCACCUAUAUGGUCCAUUCCAUUAAAUAUGCAUUGUACCAUUACAUGUAAAUGAAAUUCUAAGGGGGUUGAAAAGCUAUAUCAUCAUCUAUCAACGAGAUUUGAAGCGAUAUGUACGACAAAAGUGAUGAUCGACUUCUGCGGUAAAAAUAUAACGAGACGGUUGAAAGAUUGAUUGGAGAUCAGAGGAUUUGUUUCCAAUGAUGGUAACUUUGUGACGAAGUGAAAAAGUUAGAUUGAAAAAGAAAGGAUGAAAUAUAUUUUAAUAUAUAGAUUAUGCAAAAAUUGUUGUCUUUACCUUUUUAAUUAGUUUAUGAACUACAAAGUAUUUGAUAGUUUUUUUUUUUUUUUUUGAUAAUAAAUUGAUAUUAAACCAAAUUUCCCUUGUCAGAAUCUGUUAAUAGUGAUUUUCGUUGACUGGAAAAAAUAA